UACAAAUGAAUUCCAAAUAUACCAAGAGUAUUGAAAAUGUUAAGCCACGUAAUACACUCACCAAAUUAAUCAAUGGCUAUAUAGCUCCAGUAAGCCUUAAUGAAGCCUCAAAGAUGCCCUACACACCCGAAACACCCACUCCAACAAAUCCCUUAUCGAAUGGCAGCCACAAUACCUUUAAUGCCUUUAUUGAUAAUUUACCCUCGGAAUCGGUAAUUUCGGAAGAAAGUGUACCCUUGGAUCUGCAGGGCAAUACCACAGUAUCGGUAAAGUCCUCCUCAUCGAGUAACAAUACUACGGGCAAGGAUAUAACUACCAAACAAAUGGAUGGUGAUGAUACAGAUGAUGGCACUGAUACGAUUGAGGAGAUUACCGAGGCAAUGGAAACAAUUGAAUUAAUUGUACAUGAUAAUGAUGAAGAAGAUGAUGAUGAUGAAGGUGAUGUGGUCGAUGGUGAAUUUGAUGAGGUUGAUGAUGACAAUGAUUACAAUAAAGAAGUGAGGAAUAGGCGGACAAAUGAAAUGUUAACAUUGGCAUUAUCAGCUAACGAUUCAAUUAAUUUAUCAAAUUCCACAUACUCUUCACUGUCAUCGAUAAUCUCGACACGUACGAAUUUGGUGCAACAUCAACAACAUGGUCAAGCAAUAAAUGAAUUUGGACUUGGUAGACGUCCCAGUUGUGAUGUUACCGCAUACAACACCAAUACCUCAUCAAUGGCACAGUCGCAACAACAACUACAACAACAGCAGCAGUCACAACUAAUUGGACAAACACAAACUGUCUCAUCACCCAAUCUUUUGGCAAGUCCACUUUUACGUUUGGCAACAAACGCACCACCCGAACGUUGUAAUUCCGGUAGUUAUCUUGGGCGCCGAUCAUCGAUGACUACACCCGAUAGUGGUGUUAGCAGCCAAGCAUACAUGAUCACUACUACUACUACCGCCAGCACCAUCACCCCCACUCAUACCGCGUCGACACCACGUCCAACCUCACCCAAUGUUAAAUCAAUUGGCAUUGGUACGACAACACGUACCUACUGUGACAAAUCAGUCAAUUCAUCGCCCGUACAUGUUGUCUCCACACUCACCUCCCCCAUUGAUAAACACAAUUCCAUCAUUGCCAUUACCCGCGAACAUGCUCUCAAACAGGAAAUCGAACAAUUGCAAGAGCGUCUCAAAGACACCGAAGAACGCUUAGAAUCGUUUCGCAUACAACAUGAUACGGUCUCGCAAUUGCAUCGAAAAUUGCGCGAGAGCAACACACAAUUGCAGGAGGAAUCGGAGAUGUUGAAGCUGGAUGUCCAACAUCUGAAUGAGUGUGCAAAUGUUUUGAGAACUGAAUUGCAAGCAGCUCGUAAUGAUCGUGAUGAGGCUAUAGAAAUACAAAAGGUGGUGCAAAACGAAUUGGAAGAGACGAAAGCGGAAAAGAAAAGGUCUCAGGAGCUAAAAGAGCGCGAUGCCAAAAACAUACAAGACUUGCAGAGACAAUGUAGGGAAAUGGAGAGGAUUUUAAUGCGCAAGCAUCCGGAUUCGGUGUCGGCUUUAAUAGUUGCCUCCAAAAGUGGCGGUGGCUCAUACAAGGACCAAGAUAAUCAUAGCAGUCGUAAAUUAUUGGAACAGCGCAUUGCACAAUUGGAAUCAGAUGCCAAAGAACAAGACUUAAAAGCACAACAAAUACUUGCCAAUGUACAAGCACGUUUUAAUUCGGUACAAGCCAAAUAUGAGACACAUAUUGCUGAUUUGGAAACACAAGUUUUAAGCCUCCAGGAAAUCAAUACAAAACUUAAUGAAAAAAUUGAAUCUCAAGUACGCACCCUGGACUAUUUUGUUUCCAAAAAAGCCGAACGCUACUACAACAAUUGUACACAAACUGAGGAACCCUAUUUUGUGGCUAUGCCAGCUCCUGUUCCACCACCCGCACCUAUACUCGUCGCCGCUGAACCUAAACUUUCAAGAUCUAGUCAUAAUCGUAAGACGAUUAGCACCCAAACUAUGUCGGUGACACGAGAAAGUGGCACUAAUACUAUUGGAACAUCUAGUCAACAUUCGGCUAGCUCCAGUACUAGUAGUACUGCCAACUCGACUCCCAAUAAUUCACGGCCAAAUUCGAAGCAGAGUGGUAUACGCAAACCAAUGGCUACGGCCAGUUCUUUGACCUCAGCGGUUGCCUCAAAAUUGCCAAUUUCACAGUCGGAUUCAACUAUUUCCUUGUCGGCGGCACAGGCUGCUGCCAACGCUAAGGAGGAUGCUCAUCUGUUGGCUACUAUACGGGGAAUGCGUGUAGAUUUGGCAAUAAAAAAUAAGGCUUUACAGCGUUUGACACGCGAAUUGGAUGAGUGCAAAAAGACAAUAAGAAAAAUACAAAAGGAAAAAGAAGCAUUCAAAUAUGAAAGAAGUCACAGCACUGCCGCUUCCAGCAGCUCUUCUAAAUACAAUGUGGAACAUAUGCCAGCUAACACAGAAUCCCAAGCUUUAAAGGAAGCUCUCAAUAAAUACAAGCUAUUAGAAGCCGAUUACAAGUCAUUGCAUGAGAAGCGCUUACAAGAUCUAAAAACCCUACAGACUGCCCAUGAACGUGAACUCGCUACAUGUCACGAAACCGUACGCAUUUUACAGCAGCGUCUCAAUGAACGUGAUGAACAAUUUGCUUUGCAAAAACGUCGUAAAGUACCCGUUGACUAUUACGCUUUAAAAGCCAAGGUUUCAUCAUUGGAAAGACGCCACACGGAACGUGAAGAACGUUUGCACAUGUUGGUCGAGGCUCUUAGUAAGGGACGUCUUAAUGGUGCUUUAGAUGAUCUGCUGGCCGAUAACAACAAUCAAUGAGAUUCACUGGAAAGUCAACAAUUAACACAGCGUUAAUUAGUGCACCAAUUUAAUUUAUUUUAAUUAUUAUUUUAAUAUACAUAAAUAUUGAGAACAAAAAUCAUGUUUGUAUGGAUUACAAAAUUGUAUUUUUGUGAUAAAACAAAAAUAAUACAAUAAUAAUAAUAAAAAGCUGGGUUUUUGCUAGCAGUGUAACAUGAAUUGGAAAGAUUUGUCCAAAUAAUAAUGCUGACAUAUUAAGUUUAAUUCAAAUUAAAUUGUUACAUAAAAAAAUAUUUUGUAUUAAAAAAAAAAAAUUAAAAUUAAAGAAAAACAAAACCAAAUAUUACCAGAUAAUAAAAUUAUGGACUGAAAUUUUAUGAUAAAAUAAACUUUAAUCAUUGUUUAAGAAUUUUAACAGUAUUAUUUAAAGAAAAUGUCAAAAAAUAAGCAAGUUUUCAAUAACAGGAUAACAGCACUACAAAUAAAAGGGAUCUUAAACUAUUGGCAAACAACUAAUUAAGCAAAUAAU